CAAUCAGAGAGCGAAGCGGGUGGCAGCUUCCGGUUCCGGGAGUAUAAAAAGGCGGGGAGGGGCGCGGCGCGGCAGUCGCUGCGGGAGCGCGCGCAGGCCUGGUCAGCAUGGCAGACGAGGAGAUCGCUGCACUGGUGGUUGACAAUGGCUCCGGUAUGUGCAAAGCAGGCUUUGCAGGGGAUGAUGCCCCCCGCGCUGUGUUCCCCUCCAUCGUGGGACGCCCUCGGCAUCAGGGUGUGAUGGUGGGCAUGGGGCAGAAGGACAGCUACGUCGGGGAUGAGGCCCAGAGCAAGAGAGGCAUCCUCACCUUGAAGUACCCCAUUGAACAUGGCAUCGUCACCAACUGGGAUGACAUGGAGAAGAUCUGGCACCACACCUUCUACAAUGAGCUGCGUGUGGCCCCAGAGGAGCACCCUGUCCUGCUCACUGAGGCCCCCCUGAACCCUAAGGCCAACCGGGAGAAGAUGACCCAGAUCAUGUUUGAGACCUUCAACACACCAGCUAUGUAUGUUGCCAUCCAGGCCGUGCUCUCCCUCUAUGCCUCCGGCCGCACUACUGGCAUUGUCAUGGACUCUGGGGAUGGUGUCACCCACACUGUCCCCAUCUAUGAAGGCUACGCACUGCCGCACGCCAUCCUGCGUCUGGAUUUGGCUGGCCGUGAUCUGACUGACUACCUCAUGAAGAUCCUGACGGAGCGAGGCUACAGCUUCACCACCACGGCCGAGAGAGAGAUUGUGCGGGAUAUCAAGGAGAAGCUCUGCUAUGUUGCUCUGGACUUUGAGCAGGAGAUGGCCACUGCUGCCUCCUCCUCUUCACUGGAGAAGAGCUAUGAGCUUCCUGAUGGGCAAGUGAUCACCAUUGGGAAUGAGCGUUUCCGAUGUCCUGAGUCCAUCUUCCAGCCCUCCUUCCUGGGCAUGGAAUCCUGUGGCAUCCAUGAGACCACCUUCAACUCCAUCAUGAAGUGUGACGUGGACAUCCGAAAGGAUCUGUAUGCCAACACGGUGCUGUCAGGAGGUACCACCAUGUACCCUGGCAUCGCUGACCGGAUGCAGAAGGAAAUCACUGCCCUGGCACCCAGUACCAUGAAGAUCAAGAUCAUUGCUCCGCCGGAGCGCAAGUACUCCGUCUGGAUCGGGGGCUCCAUCCUGGCCUCUCUCUCCACUUUCCAGCAGAUGUGGAUCAGCAAGCAAGAGUACGAUGAGUCUGGCCCUUCCAUCGUCCAUCGCAAGUGCUUCUAGAGGGACUGCUGGCAGUCUCCCGGAGCACUCUGUGCCGGGGCAGCCGCCUCCUCCCACCCUGGACCAGCGCUCUUCGACUGUUACUCACUGUCUGAACUCAUUUGGGUAGCGAUGCGUGUGUGUUAGUGGCCCGUUAGGCUGUAGUUCUCCCGUGGCUGCUGCUCCUCCUGGUACUCUGGGGCCUGGGGGCAGUCGGCGGCCAUUCCCUUUUCCCAUGUGGAGCUGGUAGGAUGACACUGAGGCUCGACCAGGCGCCUUUCCCUUUAUCACAGCUGACUCCUCUGUAGGAAAACAAAUAAACCCCUUCACCUUCCACAGUG